UGUGGGAAUGCGCCGUGUAUAUGCGCGAGUUCGACACCGCAGGUUAUGCCGCAGUUGUACUCUGCUACUUCGUCCACUGCGCCCUCGCCCGCAUUUGCGCCGACGUUGUGGCCCAGUGCUGCGGUCUUGUCGUCGCCGGUUGCGUAUCCGUCACCGUGGAUUGGGCCGUCUGGGUCGGUCUUGGCGAGUCCGGCAGUUACGGCGUAUGGGCAGUCACCGUGGAUGCCGCCCAGUGGGGCCAGUAUCGCGCUGGAGAGUCCGAUGGUAGCGGGAUUGGAUGGCCUCGGGAUGGAUUCCUUCGAACUCGGUCCACCGGCCUUCCCACCACCACUCGAUCCGCUGAGCGGUUCUGAUCCCC